CGCGUGUGGAUAGGAGGGGAGAUGCUGGAUUCGGGAGAAGGUCCGCCAUUAUUGGGAAGCUGAAAAAAAAAUAGACUUAUACACACCGUCACACAUUUAGCCCGUAAGGGGCUUAACGCGGGGGGAACAACAGCGCUUUCGGACGAGCUGCUGGUCACCAAACGCAGCAUUUUGGUAAACGAAGGCUCAGCUUGUGCUCGCGUUUCCCUACGGACUCUUUUAUUUUUGACACAACAAAGGAAAUAAUAAUUGGUCAAAACAACGUGGUGCUUGAACCAAGAAGGAAAACACACAGAAGCAGCGCUUACCAACGCCUCUCCUCCCCCUUUUUUUCCUUCUCCUGGCAAGACGUUUCCAGCCGUGGUGAAAAGACUGGAGUUUUGAACAGCAUUUUUUCUUUCUCCUGACGAGUAUUUAGUUUUUUUUCUCCCCCCUCCUCCUCCUCCUCUCUCUCUCUCUCCUCAGACAGGCAGAGAGAGAGACGGAGAUAUGCAUCUCGUUUCUGAAAACUUCAGACUGAUGAAAACGAGCAGCUAAUGUGGGAAGCACUGGACAAAUAGCCCGUCUGUUUAAAAAACAAAAACGAAACAAAACAAAAAAGAAAAGAAAAAACAAAUCGGGAAAUAAUCGUUGUGAGUGCUCGUAGGAAGUGUUUUUGUCGGUUUUUUAAAAAGUCUUUCACCGGCUGUGAGUCGCAGAGGAGCGGAGAAAGAAAGCAGUGGACGAGGGCUGGAGAGAGGGAGGAAUGCUAUGGGCCAGACUUCAGCCCAGUGAGAUCAUCUUGCAUGGAAACCUUCCUUGCGUGGCAGCCUUCUCCCCUCCCUAGAGCUAGCGGCCAGCAUGGCAGGAUGAGCUUCUGCCAGCGAUGAUGAUGGCCAAAAAGCAAGAUGUCCGGGCACCCACCUACAACCUGGUUGUGGUUGGGCUGUCCGGCACGGAGAAGGAGAAAGGCCAGUGUGGUGUGGGAAAGUCCUGCCUGUGUAACCGCUUUGUUCGGCCGAGUGCAGAUGACUUCGACUUAGACCACACCUCUGUUCUUAGUACCAGUGACUUUGGAGGCCGUGUGGUGAACAAUGACCACUUCCUGUUCUGGGGAGAGGCUGGACGGACGAUGGAAGAGGGGCCAGAAUGUCGUAUGAAUGUGGUAGAGCAGACAGAGUUCAUUGACGAUCAGACGUUCCAGCCACACCGAAGCACAGCACUCCAGCCUUACAUCAAGAGAGCGGCUUCCACCAAACUGGCUUCGGCUGAGAAGCUGAUGUACUUUUGCACAGAUCAGCUGGGGCUGGAGCAGGACUUUGAGCAGAAACAGAUGCCUGAAGGCAAGCUUAUGGUGGAUGGCUUCUUACUCUGUGUGGAUGUUAGCAGGGGGAUGAAUCGUAGCUUUGAGGAACAGAUGAAGUUUGUUACCAACCUGUACAACCAGCUAGCUAAAACGAAGAAACCUGUGGUACUGGUUCUCACCAAAUGUGAUGAAGGAGUUGAGCGAUAUAUUAAAGACUCACACACCUUUGCCCUAGCCAAGAAGAACCUACAGGUGGUAGAAACAUCAGCACGCUCUAAUGUCAAUGUUGACCUAGCCUUUCUUACACUGGUUCAGCUAAUAGACAAAAGUAGGGGUAAACCCAAAAUUAUCCCUUACUUUGAGGCACUGAAACAGCAGAGUCAACAGAUUGCCUCCGCCAAAGACCGCUACGAGUGGCUGGUCAACCGAAUUGUGAAGAACCACAAUGAGACAUGGCCUGCUGUCAGUCGCCGCAUGCAGUCUGCCCCUGAGUACAAGGACUAUGUUUUCCUUGAGGGGACAGCUAAAGCCAAGAAGCUCUUCCAGCAGCACGUGCAUAGACUAAAACAAGAGCAUAUAGAGAAACGUAGGAAAACCUAUCUAAGUACACUACCACAGGCCCUGUCUCUGCUGUUGCCAGAACUGAAUGAGAUAGAUCACCUAAGCUGGUCUGGAGUUCAGAAAGUCCUGGAGACAAAGAGAGAUUUCUCCCAAUGGUUUGUAGUGCUGGAUGACACCCCUUGGGAGACCACACCACACAUUGAUAACAUGGAGGAUGAUCGAAUCCCCCAGGACCUCCUGGAGACCCCUGCUGCUGAAGCCAUCUAUGAGACCCACCUGGAGCAGUUGAGGAAUGAGCGCAAACGGGCUGAGAUGAGAUGGGAGUUCAAGGAGAAGCUUAGUGUCUCUCCUUUCAUCACACCAGGGAAACCCUGGGAGGAGGCCCGAAGUUUCAUCAUGAACGAAGACUUUUACCAGUGGCUGGAGGAGGCUGAAUAUCUGGAUAUCUACAACAAACACCAGAAGGAAAUCAUCGACCGAGCCAAAGAGGACUUUCAGGAACUGCUUCUUGAAUACUCUGAGCUAUUCUAUGAGCUAGAAGUGGAUGCGAAGCCAAGUAAAGAGAAAAUGGGAGCCAUUCAGGAGGUGUUGGGCGAGGAGCAAAGGUUUAAAGCCCUGCAGAAGCUGCAGGCAGAAAGGGAUGCUCUGGUAUUGAAGCAUAUCCACUUUGUCUACCACCCCACAAAGGACACCUGUCCCAACAGCCCUCAUUGUGUGGACAGUAAGAUAGAACAGAUACUGGCCUCCAGAUUCCCUACCCGCUACCCAUCAUCAGACAGUUCAAGACUAGAUGGGGGAAGGGCUGAACGGAUAAAUCUUGUCAUCCUUGGGAAAGAUGGUCUAGCCAGAGAGAUGGCAAAUGAGAUAAGGGCCUUGUGCACCAGUGAUGACCGGUACGUGUUAGAUGGCAAAAUGUAUGAGUUAGCCCUUCGUCCUAUAGAGGGUAAUGUUCGUCUGCCAGUGAAUUCUUUCCAUACACCAACCUUUACACCCCAUGGUUGCCUGUGUUUGUACAAUUCAAAGGAAUCCCUCUCUUAUGUUGUCGAGAGUAUAGAGAAGCUUAGGGAGUCAACCAUAAGCAGAAGGGAAAGGGAAAACAGCUUAGCCCAACUCCCGCUGUCCCUCCUUCUGGUCACCAAACGGGGGGUGGGGUCCAUAGGGGAUAUUGGGGGAGAAACAGCUCAGACUCUUAUCCAACAAGGGCAGCAGGUGGCUGGAAAGCUGCAGUGUGCUUACCUAGACCCUGCCUCCCCAGGCAUGGGCUAUGGCCGCAAUGUCAAUGAGAAGCAGAUCAACCAGAUGCUGAAGGGCCUCUUAGAAUCAAGGAGAAGCAUAGGGAGCAGUUCCCCUCCCUUACCCCCACCAUCUUCUGCUUUCAGAGACUCUCAAUCCCAGUCAAUGCUAGACGCAGACCUGAGGAUAGUCAUGUGCCUGAUGUGUGGAGACACAUAUGACCUUGACCAGCUGCUGGCUCCUUUCCUGCUGCCCCAGCAUUGUCGUCCUGCCUCCAGCCUCAGUAGUGGCACGUCAGUUUUGUUGGAUUUCAGUAUAGGAGGUCAGAGGCAGAAUAUUGAGCUGUCACUGCUCUCAUUCCAUUCCUCAUUCUCCCUCCGCAAAACCAGGCUAGUCCACGGCUACAUUGCAGUGUAUUCUGCUCGCCGCAAGGCCUCUUUGGAGACAUUAUGUGCUUUCCUGUGUGAGGUCCAAGACAUCAUCCCAGUCCAGUUGCUAGCAGUAGCUGAGAGUCAGAUGGAACUGUCAGACUCAGAGUCAUCUAAAGAACAGGUCAGUCAGGGAGAGGAACUGGCCCAUGAGAUAGAGGCAAGGUUAAACACAGUAAUAUGUGGACAUGGUGGGGUAGUCGGGGGGCUUCAUAAGAUAGACCUUUUCCAACCCUUCUUCAAAGAAGUGGUAGAGAAGCGCACUAUUGUUGAGGCAACACACAUGUAUGAUAACGUGGCCGAGGCAUGUACCAAUGAGAGCAUAAGCCCUCGAUGUGGCUCUCCCAGUCCUGUUAAUAUUCUUAUGGACUCAGAAGAUGACAUUGACCCAUCACCACCUUACCCUACCAUGAAGGAGGAUGGUAGUCUCAGCUCCCAACUGGCAAGCUUCAAACUGCCAGAUCUGGAUUCAAGUGAUACCUUCUCCGUCAUUUCUGAGCUCAGCGCCUUUGAGAGCAAGCUGAAUAACAAGGUUCCUCCACAAGUGAAGCCCAAGCCUGUCCGUAAGGUUAACAUCAGCCCCUACGUGGACCAGCAGGGUGGCACCAACCGCCGCUCUUUGCAGCAAGCUGUCACUUGGGCACCAGGUAGUGAUGGUGGCUAUGACCCCUCAGACUAUGCAGAGCCCAUGGAUGCUGUGAGCAAACCUCGACCCACAGAAGAGGAGAAUAUUUACUCUGUCCCUCAUGACAGCACACAGGGCAAAAUUAUCACCAUCCGUAAUGCCAACAAAGGUCACUCCAAUGGGAGUGCUGGGGGGAAUGGGUCAGACAGCGAAGCUGAUAGCAGCUCACUUGAGCGCAGGAGAAAGUUGUCCGCCAUUGGGGUAAAGCCUAAGCUUUAUAGAGACCGAUCCAAACGGCUUGGCAAGUUCAGUAGUUUUAGGACGAGUUUCUCUAUAGGCAGUGAUGAUGAGAUGGGAGGUCCACCCAAGACAAGCCAGGAUGAGGGAGGAGCCCAAAAGGACAACUCCAUGGAGGAAAGUGAGGACCCCAAAAGAAGAAAUAUUCUCAAGAGCCUGCGCAGAAAUACAAAGAAACCACGACCCAGACCCAGGCAUUCCAUCUCCAAACCCAUCCAAAGCAACUACUUUGGUAUGCCGCUGGCCACCGUGGUCACUCCAGAGAGGCCAAUCCCAGUCUUCAUUGAGAAAUGCAUCCGUUUCAUUGAGACAACAGGGUUGAACACAGAGGGCAUCUACAGGGUCAGCGGGAACAAGGCGGAGAUGGAGAGCAUGCAGAGGCAGUUUGACCAAGACCACAACCUGGACCUGGUGGAGAAAGACUUCACCAUCAACACAGUAGCUGGAGCCAUGAAGGCCUUCUUCUCUGAGCUACCUGAGCCUCUGGUGCCCUACAGCAUGCAGGGAGAGCUGGUGGAAGCCUUCAAGAUCAACGAUAGGGAGCAGCGCUUCCAGACGAUGAAGGACAUUCUGCGCCGCUUCCCCAAGGAGAAUUACGAGGUCUUCAAAUAUGUCAUCAGCCACUUGAACAAAGUGAGCCAAAACAACAAGUUGAACCUCAUGACCAGUGAGAACCUGUCUAUCUGUUUCUGGCCCACUCUAAUGAGACCAGACUUCACCACCAUGGAUGCCCUGACUGCCACCCGCACCUACCAGACAAUCAUCGAGAGCUUCAUCCAGCAGUGUUCAUACUUCUUCUACAAUCAGCCGCUGGCCGACGCCCUCCCAGGCUCCCCCACCUCCACGCUGUCCUCUGGUGGGGGAACUUCGGCCUACUCCUGCAUGGCUGGAGGCUACUCAUCCUCGCCGACUCCGUCCCCGACUCCCUACGUCCUCCCUGCCACCCCUCCUGUCAUCCCGCACUACGGUCCUCCUAUUCACCACCACCACCACCACCACCACCAGCACCAUCAACAUCAGUCCCCACCCCACUCCCCACCUCCUACUCCCCAGUCACCGAUCCCAGCCCUGCUGCCGCCCUCUCUACACCCCCACCACCCCCCUACGGAACAACACACGCUGUGAACCAGGGAUCAAGGGAAAGAGAAAUGGAAAAAAAAAUGAAGAGGACGGAUAACAAGAUUCAGAGAGAUUUAAGGGUUCAAACUAAGAGAUUUUGAAGUUUGGGAAGGAAUUAAAGAAGAUAAAUUGAGAACAGGAGGGAGGAGGACAAGUCGGGAGAGACUGAGUGAGAUGCAGUAUGUACAGGGAGAAACCUACAUGUUUGGGAGAAGAAGGGGGCAUUUGAGCCUCCGCUGCUUUUACAAAUAUGGACACACACACAAGGCAGAAAAGGGGAACACUGAGGAGUCUCUGAACUGGCAGUAUGACCUUUCUCCCUCCUCGCCACUUUAUCCCUUUGUCUCUCAGUCUCCCUUCAUCUAGACCUGCCCUCCUUGCCUUAUAGAGAACCUACACACACAAAAAAAACACUCUAAUGAAGAGCGAAAUGUUGUCAGUAACUGUUAAAGGGACUCAGGGAGGGACUCAGAAGUAAAAUGCUGAGGGGAAUGUGAACUCUGUUAUGUUGGGAUUGCUUCACCACACACACACACACACAAACAGACAUACACUUAAUACAAACAUCCAGUGGCCAGCGUGCCUGCAACAACCCUCCUCCUCAAUCCUUUAGCCUCUUAACUGUGUUGGGAAAUUUGGUAUCCGACGUGUGUUGUUGCAAACUGAUCCACCUACUGUACCUACCUGGAGGCCAUGGCGUGGAGCGAGUCCUGAACACGUUUGUUUAUUUCACCACUGUACAGAAGACCUAAGCAAGAAACAUGUGUUACUACUCAUCUGACAGGAUGUUCUGUCCUCUGCCAUUUACACAUUCCUAUCUAUCAUCCCGUCACACACGCAAACACACACACACACACGGAUGUAGACAAAUUCAGUUUUAGUCAAGGCAGUUUGCCAAGCACAGAAAAAAAAAAUCUCAACCGACUGGAUCUGCUAGGCAGCAAAUUGGAGCAAAGGAUUGUGGGGGCUCUCACACCCUUGGCAUUCUGGGAAGGCUCCUCCCUGUCUCCUGUUUGUGCUGUCUCUCUCUCUCUUUCUUUCUCUCUCGGUUUACCCACGUGCUCCAUCUUUGUAAAAAAAAACAGGUGAAAAAGUGGAUAAAGUGUCCUAAUGUGUUUUUUAAUUCUGUUCUUCAUUUGACAAAAUCUCGGGAAACUCAGGCCUGUCACUCAGUGAGUGACCUUGUGUGUAAGUUUCUGUGUGUCUGUCUGUGUGCGCAUGUAUCCAUACCUUUUUGUGUUACCUGAAUUUCCCUGUAUUAGGCAGAUAGUGGGAAUAAUUCCAGGGUUGGACCUUCACCUGUCAUGUUGCUUCUUUCAUGCUGUGGUGGUUUUACAAGCAAGUCGGUGCUGCAGUUUUCACAGUAAGGACCUUGUUCAAAAAAAAAGCACUUUUCUGAGCACUUUGAAGGCACAUUUUAAAUUGGAGCUGCCGAGACAUGACAGCCACCGUUCACUUUAUUGUCAGUCAAGCCUACUUUCUCUCUCUCUCUCUCUCUAUCUCUCUCUCUCUCUCUCUCUCUCUCUCUCUGGGAGCACACCACUGACAUCUAGAGGAAGAAAUGGGUAUUGCAGCCAUAACCUCGCCUCCACUACUGCAUGGGCGUAGCACCGUUUUCUUACUGUGGUUUUCUUGUAGCGUCAGAUUCUCGUAAUAGGUGCGAUUGUUAAAAUUAUUCAUUCGCCAGGUGUCAGGUGAAAUUAAUUUUAGAGCUCAUGAAAUGUGAGAAUGUAUAAUAAAACACAAUUUUAAAUCUGAUGCAAAUCAAUUGAGAUUACAUAGAUUCAGGCUCUGUAACCACAAAGCAUGUGGCUGUAUUGCAGUUGAUAAGACAUGCGGUGCUUGAAAUUGCCACCUCAUGAAAGCACGCAGCCAUUUGUAAAGGAGAGCAAGCCACUUCCCAGACGCCAUAUUUGAGUGGAAAGAAACAUACAUUUAUAGGUUUGAGGCAUAAUGUAGCAUUAGAGGCCAGAAAGUAAAAGCUGGAAGUGAGGCUCAGGCUUUGACAGGUGGGAGGCUUUUUAUCGUGGAAAAUAAUUGGUAACCAUUGGUCCGGGGCUCGGCGUGCUGUCCUCGCAGGACGCAGCGUUGUGCUUUUGGAAAGGAGACCCAAACCUGCUCUCUGUGGACUCGAAAUAUGAUUUGCAAGAGUGUAACCACUACACCAGACCUCCACCCACUCCCCCCAUUGUCACUGUUAUGCCACCACACCCCCAAGUCAUUCCCUCUCCAAGAGAGACAGUUGGGUCCGGGAGAGACAGCAGACAGAACAGACAGUCUAUUCAUCCGUCUGCAUGACUGGAGAGGAGCAUCACAGAAUUCCUCGGCCCGGCCUGCUGUUACCGUAGAACCCAGUGAGAUGAGGCCUGAGGAGAGCUGCUGAGCUCUGAUCAAAACAGCUUUUUGAAGUGUGUGUGUGUGUGUUUGAGCUCUACAGAAUGUGCACAUGUGAACUUAUGCGUGUUAAUGUUAAGCAGAUACUCACCAAGGUCACUCAUUCUGUUUGACACUGAAUUGCAUUGCUGCAUGUCUCCCCAGACUGUCAUCUCUGCCCAAAAGGUGAAAAACAAACCCCCCAAGCUUUCAACAAUCACUGAACUCUUGAAGAAGCUUUUAUCAGUCUACACUACCUAUUUACCUUGUGUGUGUGUGUGUCUGUGUGUGUGUGAGAGUGAGAGAGGAUGCAGGAAUUGAGAGUAUGUGUAUGUUUGAGCUAACAUCCCUAGCAAGCUGUGCUUGGCAGACGGCCAGAGACCAGCGUGAUCCAAACAAACGUGAAGGAGAGGAAUGCCGUUCUCCUUGCGGUCAUUACCCGCUGUGUAACCCUGUUAGCUCGUCCAGAUUACACACACUGAUCCUCGCAGAAAGUGUGAGAGAGAUUGGGGAAGAGGGAGGGAAGACGGACAGCAAACGGGUGAAUGGGAUCAUUAUUUGGGAGACGGAGGGAGGAGGGAGGGGUGACCACUGGUACUUGUGUGUGAACGCCGGCCAGUGGCGUUCCCUGUGUAUAUCAAUGUGUUAAUACUGAACUGACUGUGAGGCAGCCAAAGACUGUGGAAAAAAAAAAGGGGUCGAGGGAGAGAUGGGAAGCAAAGUGACAGUUUAGAAGAACAAUUGAAUUAAAAAUGUGACUUUGGUUGAACGAUAAUAUGUGGCUGCAUUGCUUUUCUUUUUGUGUUUUUUUUCUUUUUUUUUGCAACAGUGGUGACAGAUGUCUGUUAAGUUAAAAUGAGAAACAAGCAAAACUAUAUACAAAUGGUUGUUUAUUGGUAUGUUAGGGGGGUCUAACACUUUGCCCUUUAGUCAGUGGUGAUAGAAAAAAGUUUCUUUUUAUGUUUUAUUUUAAUAAUUAAAAAGAAUUACAAAGUUUUUUUUUUGUUUUUUGUUUUUUUUUUAACAGUUUCUUUGUGAACGAUUGAGAGACCAGCCCAGUAUAGUGCAUGAUUUCUUCCCAACCAGGAAGAGGGCUCCACCACUCUCACUAUUUAAGAGAUGAUUAAAAAAAUGUUAAGAAAUAACAGAGGGGGAAAUAAUAAAAAAAAAAUGAAGUACUGUAAAGUGAAAAGAUAACAUCAAACAAAAAAAAAACCUGUCAUUAUUUGCUGAGUAUGGUAAUGUCUCAAUGGGAAUGGUGUAUACAGCAAGGCCUUAUGUGAUCUGUAUCAUAGUUAAUAAAUCAAAUCUUGUAAAA